GAGAGGGACAGAGGAGAGAUAACAAGAGACAGGAGAGAGAGAGAGAGAGCAGUACUGCCAGAGGGGAUUUCCUGGCUCCUCCCUCGUCUCCUCCCUUGUCUCCUCCCCCGUCUCCUCCCUCCUAUGUCCUAGCUCCUAACCUCCUAACACACUUUUGCAGAGAGAGAGAGAAAGAGAGAAAGAGAGAAAGAGAGAGAGGCAUAACUUUGUUUCUGUGAAGCGCAUGGACUGAAAACAUGGACUUUAAAAAGGCCUUUUGAGUUCAGGAUGGAGCUCCAGGUUUGUGAGAGUUGAAGGACAAGAGGAGAUGUUGCUGCUCUGAAAAUGACCGCUGUUUGUGGAAGUUAAAGGAGGAGUAAAACCUGAAACAAUGAAUUGAGACUGAAAAGAGAGAAGAGAAAAAGUGCUGCAAAAAUGAACCCGGACUCUCUGGACUCGUCUAUCCAGUCUCUGCUCUCAUCUCUGUUCCCUCCGUUCGACCUCACCGCUCCGGUCGUGCUCAGUCAGCUCUUCAGGACCAUUGAGGAGCGUUACCAUGGAGACGCACUACAAUGUCUGAUCGACUUCCUCAUCCCGGCCAAACAUGUGCUGGAGAGUGUACAGCAAGCCGCCUGUGCGGGCUUCUGUGACGUGGUGUUCCGCUGUGAGGGCUGGCCUCUCUGUCUCCAUGAUCAGACUGUGGUCCAGCUCGCUCCAGUCAACCCUCUGCUGCUGCGCCCGGGGGACUUCUACCUGCAGGUGGCGCCAUUUGGAGAACAGGCCGCUCGCAUUGUCCUUAAGAGCCUUCUGGAGGAGGGCUGCAGGGAGGUGGAAGAGAUCCCGAUCCCUGAGACGUCUUACCCCAUCAUCUUCACCCUCGAGUGGCUUCAAGAACUCAACCAGGACCGCCAUGGAGCUCCACUGUCCCGCUGUCUCCUGUGCACCGACCAGGGCAUCGUCAAACUGCCCUGGGACAAGAUCGCUGUCCCCGAGUUCAUCGAUAAACCAAAAACAGUCCCCAUAAUGCCGCCUAUUUGCCCAGAACCUGAACCCAAACAUCUCACACAACAUUUGAAAUAUAGCUCUUCAACUUUACCUCUCGAAAUGCACCAUCCCGCCAAAUACAAAAUGUCCGCUUCUUUGCGACACCCACACUAUUCGUCGCGCGUGAUCAAGCCAGAUAAGAAAUCAAAAGCACAAGUGAAGCCGGUUGGAUGGGUCUCUCCGAACACCUGGGACAGACCUAUGGAAAAAGGAAUAGAAGGGGACUACGUGGACUUGGUGGAAAUCGCCAAAGAGAGAGAACGCCUGGAUAAGACUGACAGAAAAGUGCAUCCAGGAUUAAUAAAAGCAUUCCGACCUCCGCAGCCUAAACUGGGAACGCAAUGUCUCACGGCAACCCUGCAAUAUUCUGAAAAUCCUUUUGUUCCAUGUGGCGAUUUUGGAAUUUCCGAUGAAGAACUGAAGAGUAGGUACAGGGAGUCUUACAUGGCGGCGCUGAAAAACCCAGUCGCGUUAGAAAAAGGGAACGCUGACUUCCUGACUUCUCUCGAUGAACUUCGAUAUUUGGAAGAAAUUCAAAACAUGUCCAUUGGCGCAUCAGAUUUCCAUAAAGAAGGUCUUGGAACGUCUUUAGAUCAUGGUAAAGCAGACAUUUCCAAUCAAGAACUUUGCCAGUUUAAGGAAUUCUGCGAACCUGCUACUGUACGAUACGCAAGCCACGUGAAAGACCUCAAGAAAGCAUCGGAAACGUCAAUCUCCGCAAACGAUAUCGCCAAAAAGGAUAAUCUGGAGUCGGAAUGUGGCGCGGUGGGGUUUACAGAUGUUGUUUCGGAAGGUUUUGAGAAGAAAUCUGAAGAGGUGAAGGGAUCAGGAAAGCAUAAAUUCAAAAUAAGAUCUUUGUCCGCCGUGUCAGAGGGGCCUAAAGGAACGCCGCUCCUCCACAGCAGAAGUCGCAGUGAUGUUGGCCCUGAAAUGAUGAAUGAUUUGGGGCCGAGGCACAGAGAGACGAGGGGGGACGUGGAGCCUGGAGCAGGGACAGAGGAGCACAGGAAAUCCCCCCACACUGAGUCGCAGUCCAGUCCCAGUGCCCCUGAGCCUGAAGCCCCGCCCCUGCAGAUCCCUCCUCCUCCUGAACCCUCUGCUCCACCUGAAGAGGGCGCUCUCACAUGUGUCACUCCACUGCUCCAGCUGGGCAUCAUUUGUCUGCCAGGCAGCAGGGACAGAGCGGGCCGAGCUGUGGUGGAGGUUUAUGGAGACAGAGAAGAGUGGCUCCACCCUCUGGUCACUGCUCAGAACAUCUGCAAACUCCUGCUCUACCUGCACUCCCUGCCCAGGAGGGAAGUGUCAGACUUGGGUUUGACUCUGAUCAUAAACUCCAAGAAGAAGCCUCCUCCUCCACCAUUCUACCAGGCUCUGCUCAUGGCACAGGAGCAGGCUCUGCACACUGUCCACUGCAUCGUCCUGUUUGUGGACAAAGACUCAAGUCCACGACCUGAAAAACUCAGCGGUCUACAGAUGGACGUGGUGUCGUCUCUAAAGUCUCUGAAUAAAACAGUGGAGAGCUGUGAGCUGAGUGCGGCGCUCGGAGGGACAUUUGUAUUCUGCCUCCAGGACUGGCUCCAGCUGCACCAGAGAAUCGUUCCAUUCAUGUCAGAUCUACAGGCAGCAGACAGUUUGUUGCAGAAAGCCAUCCAAAAGGUAGAGGGAGCUAGAAAGCUGGACUCUGCUCAGAGUAAAAACCUGAUAUUGUUGUGUUUUGUUUCCAGGAGGUGGCACUGGUGUGUGGAGGAGCAGAGGGCUCUGAUGCUGGAGGUUCUGAAGGACCCUAGGCUCUUGUCCCUGCAGAGAGAAGGAGGCUCAGUCUUGGCUCGAGUCCGCAAAGAUCAGCCCCGCUUUGCCCACUCGCAUGAUUACAGGGACUGGCUGGACUCGGCCUCUCUGUUGUACAACACUGUGGAGGAGAAGCUUCAUUCUCUGGUGAUAAAGUCCAACCUGAGUCUGCAGCGUCUGGAGUCUCUGCUGUCUCUGCGACAGGCGGAGAACUGUGUGUCUGACACCGGGGGGUGGUGGAGCUCAGAGGCAGAGCAGGUUCUGAAGGAGUCAUGGCCCUCAGAGGAGACACUGUCUGCAGCUCAACAUGCACUAGAGCACUUUACAGUCUUCAUCAAACAGGCCAGAGAGAAGCAGGAGUCUUCCUCUAAACUGAUGAAGAAUGCAGUAAAAAUUCUUCAAAGUACAACAGAGCCCAGUCCUACCACAGAAGUACUGCACACACUGGUCAGUACUUUCCAGUCCAACGUGGCCGACUUCAUGGUGCGAGCCGAGAGGAGGCACAGAGACCUGCACACUCUGGUGCAGGUUUACUCUUUCUGUGAGCAGGCCUCGUCUUUUGUCGAUGAGUGCAGUUGCUUCCUGUCCCAUCUUGAUUCUGAGAGCUCUUCCCCUGCGCCUGACCCCUCCCCUCAGCUCCACAUGUACCAGACCAAACUAGGCACAGAACUUAGCCCCUCACGCUUCCAAUCCAUCAAAUCCCUUAUUCCCUGUUUAACCCCGGGAGCAGCCCGGGUGUGGAACGCUGCCUGGGAACGCCGCCAAAAAUUACAGCUUCUUUUGGAAAAAAUUCAACUUGAGAGGAAGAAUUGUGUUGAUAAUGCAAGCAAGAACUCUGCAGUCUGUGAAGGGAAGGAGCCAAGCAUUCAAGAAGGCGCUGUCACAUCUUAUAAGGACAUGGGUAGCAAUUCAGAGGAACGAAAUCCAAAUGGUGGGAGUGAACACGCCAAAGAUAAAAAUCGAGAUGACAAAACUAUUGAAAAUGUUGCACAAAAGCCAAGAGAGCACAGCAGUGAAGCUGAUUUGAUGAACUGUAAUGUGGAAUUUCCCUAUCAUAAACAACUAGGCCGCUCCCUAAGUGAAGGCUCAAAGUUCAAGGCAAAGUUCACGCUCCUGGCUGAUUUCUCGCCCCUAAACAUGCGUCAAAAAGUGCCCAGGGACGAGCAUCCAAAGUCGGGGAGAAAGCUGUCCCUGCCCUGUAACCCGGUGGAGAGUCUGAGGAGGGGUGGAGGUGAUGGAGAGGGCGCGGCCAGUCCCACAGGUCACCAGAAUGCUCCCGAGAUGAUACACAAACCAGGGCAAAACAACGGAACCAAUGUACAGCGCCUAAGCUGUAUCCUGUCCGAGCUGCUGUCCACAGAGCGGGAGUACGUGCGCGCGCUCGGGUUCGUCCGUGAGCACUACUGUCCAGAGCUGGAGAGACCUGACGUGCCACAGGAACUAAGGGGCCAGAAGGGGGCAGUGUUCUCAAACCUGGAGAAGAUACACGAAUUCCACCGACAUCACUUCCUCCCAGAGCUGGAGCGCUGUGUGGACGAGCCAAUCAGAGUGGGCCGCUGCUUUCUCAGACAUAGGGACAGCUUUGCCCUGUAUGCACUUUACAGCAAAAACAAGCCAGUCUCCGACAAACUCCUCAUCAGCCAUGGGAAAACAUUCUUCAAGCAAAAGCAGGUGUCUCUGGGCGACCGUAUGGACCUGUGGUCGUACCUGCUGAAGCCAGUGCAGAGGAUCAGUAAAUACAGCCUGCUCCUCCAGGACGUGCUGCGCGAGUGUGGGCCUGAACAGCAGGGGGCGCUGGAGGAGGUGCGCCAGGCUCUGGACGUAGUACAGUCUCAGCUUCGCCAUGGCAACAACCUGCUCGCAAUGGACGCCAUUCAGAACUGUGACGUGAACCUGAAGGAGCAGGGGGCGCUCAUCCGUCAGGACGAGCUCUUGGUGACGUUCAGGAAGAGGAAGUGUCUGCGACAUGUUUUCCUGUUUCAGGAGCUGAUCCUGUUCAGUAAAACCAGGAAGACCGACGUGGCAAACGAGACCUAUGAGUACAAGCAAUCCUUCAAGACGUGUGACAUUGGUCUGACACAGAAUUUUGGGGACAGUGGUCUGUGCUUCGAGAUCUGGUUCAGAAAGAGAAAGAGCCAGGACACAUACACUCUCCAGGCCGACAGCAGAGCGCUGAAGGAGGACUGGACCAGAGACCUGGAGAAGAUCCUCUGGGAACAGGCUCUCAGGAACAAAGAGGUGCGCAUGCAGGAAAGAGUGUUUUUGGGACUUGGAAACAAACCUUAUAAGGACAUCCAGCCGAGCGACGCCGCCAUCAACUCCAGAGAAGUCCACUGUGGGCCUCUUGGGAAAGACUUCAGGCCCUCGUCUCUCUCCUCCUUCGACUCCUCGGAGUCACGUGAUGUAGUUCCUGUGAUGCGGCAGAAGUCGAUUGGCUCGUGCAGUAGCUCCUCCUCCUCCUCUUCGGGGCGGGGCUCUCUGUCUCCGGGGCGAUACCUGAGCGGACCACAGGGGGGCGCUGUGAGGACAGGGCAUCUGGAGGAAGACGAGCUGGACCAGGACAGACACAACCUGCUCUUGGACACUUCGGAUUGGUGUGAAGGAGACGACACCUCCUCCCUUUGCUCCUCUGUCAGCACAGUCAAGCACACACAGACUGGGAGCUCAUGUGUGGGCAGGUCUACAGAAGUGUGACAUGUCCUCACUGCACACACGUGCUCCUGAUGUGACCAGCGGACUGGAGCCCAGCCGUCACUGCAACUAACACCACUUAAUGUCCACUUUAUGUAAAUAGAAUUGUGCCGUGCUUUCAUUUCAUGUUAUGGAAAAUGCUGCCACUUAAAGGGUCCGUACUGCGCUAUUUUCUGAUCUCUGUUAUAACUUAGUUUCCUCAUCAGAAAACAGACCCGGAGUUGUGUUUUGUUUCAUUCACAUAUGUUUAACACAUAAACCUGCAUAUAUAGGCUCUCAAACCGAAAACACUCUGUUCCACCUUCUGAUGUCAUAUGGUAGCACUAUAGACCAGUGUUUCCCAAGGACUGGGUUGUGACCUUCAGGUGGGUGGCAAGAGAUUUUUUUGGUUCACUUUGUCAUGAUCUGCUUGUAGGUCUGUGAUAUACAGUUGUACACAUGGAUCUGUGUGCUUAUCAUUUUUCUGGAUCAGCAUUUCAUCACAAUAUCCUUUUCUCAGUAGGGCCAGUAUUUCUAUGCUUAUUCCUUUCAGUACUACAUAUACACUACCCGUCAAAAGUUUUAGAACACCCUAAUUUUUCCAGUUAUUUAUUGCAAUUGAAGUCGCUCAAGUCCAAUGAAGAGCUUGAAAUGGUACAAAAGUAAGGACUGAACAGACAGAAGUUAAAGAAAGAUAAAAGAACAAAACACAAGUCCAAGCUCUGCCAAAACUACCUCAGGAAAAAAAGAACAAGAUGCUGAUCUUGAAAACAUGAAGUUGGAUACUUGUGUCCAGACUUAAACCCCAUGGAGCUGGUUUAGGAUGAACUGGACAGAAGAGUGAAGCAACCUACAAGUGCCACACAUUUAUGAAACUUCUGCAACAGACUUGGAAAGAACUUUCUGAACAAUAUUUGAUUUUUAUUGUAAAAAGAACGAGCAACGAGUGUGUUCAGCUGUUCUAUCUGCCAAAGCUGGACACACACAUAAAUCUAAAGUUUAGAAUAUGUUUUGGUCAACAGUGAACAGUAAAAAACUGGAAAAAGUGUGGUGUUCUAAAACUUUUGACCGGUAGUGUGUGUGUGAACUGGGAUUUUUUGUGCUCACAAAAAAUUAAGACAAAACACAGAAACAGAGUGAAUGCAGCUGAUGUGCUGCUGCGUCUCCUCCUGCACCCGGACCAGAAAAUGCUACAAAAACACAGACAAGCUCACCUAUCUUAUUAGAAAUGUUCAAAUGUUAAGACAUAGUUUGUAUAAUUUAUAAUCUUUUUGUAAUUAUUUUAUUGAUUGAUUUUUAUUUUGUUCCAGUAUUGUUGGUUCAAUUAAUUGUUGAAAAGAAAAAGAAACGUUCUACAUUUAAUGUCCAAAUAGGCGACUUAUGGAUCCUUUUAUUGCUGCUUCAAUGACAGUUUUUCAUUGUUUCAAACUUGAAACAAAAACAAAAUUGUUCAGAGACACGAUCACUCACUGAAGAAUAAAAUAUCCUCAUUAAUGUUCAGUAAUGGUCAAAUCCACCAGGAAGUUUGCAUGUGGCUCUUCCGACUCCUACUGACCCUGGCUCUCAUUGACUUCCAUUGGAAUACUGUGGCUCCUCUCUCUGUACCUGCUGCUGUGAGCCGCGUCAUUUUCAUCUUAAAAUGUUUGUAUUAACCCUCGACACGUGAUCCUGGGGUUUUUAUUUCUCUACUUUGUCCAUAAAAAAAUCCUACUCAUAAUAUAGAGUCGGACUCCAGAUUCGCUCCUGUAACCUUCAGCAUCGUGAGCUUCAUUUGAGUGGAUCUGUGGAUGACGUCACAUUCACUUAAACCACUUUUUAUACAGUCUCUGAGUAAUGCAGGAAGUGCUCCGAUGGAGUAAGAAUAAUCCUGCACGGAUUUCUAUUCUAUGUGCACAGAUAUUUGUGAACGCUUUCUUACUCCAUAUGCUCCACUAUGUUUUUAAACUCCAAACACCUUUUCAGCCCUGGAAUUGCCAGUCUACUGAACUAAAGGGGAAAAGUAACUUUUAACUUUAAUUGCUUCAUGACAUCACAAGGUGAUGCAUUUUGAGCUUUGGAGAUGUAGACAGACUAAUAAAAAAGGUUAACUCAAACAUGAAACAAAACACAAGUCCAGGUCUGUUUCUGAAGAGGAAACAACAUUCUGACAUAAGAGUCCAUUUAGUGUCAUAUAGGACCUUUAACCUGCUUUGCAAAGUGACAUGUAAUCACUGUUCUUAAUGUUCUAGAUGUGUAAUGGGCCUAAUAAACUGCAUAUUGAGCACUAAAGUGAAAUCUUUCAGAUGUGUCACAUUUGUGUCAUAACAUUGGAGUGUGUUGAAACAUGUGCAACAAUGUCUGUGUAUUGCCAUGGUUUUGUGUUGCUAAUUUUGUACAGGUUUAAUAAAAGUACUUUCAAAUCA